AUGUCCGACCAGGUUAAUUCAAACGCUCCGAAGCCGAGCAGCAGUGUCAAGCUCGUGUUGUUGGGAGAGGCUGCUGUGGGCAAGUCUUCUCUUGUCCUUCGAUUUGUCAACAAUGAUUUCCAGGAGAAUAAAGAACCCACUAUUGGCGCUGCUUUUUUGACACAGAAAUGCUCGCUUCCUACGCGUACAAUCAAGUUUGAGAUUUGGGAUACGGCCGGCCAAGAGCGCUUUGCGUCGCUUGCCCCGAUGUACUACCGUAAUGCGCAAGCCGCACUUGUGGUUUACGAUGUCACCAAGCCUUCCUCGCUUAUUAAGGCGAAGCACUGGGUAGCUGAGCUCCAGCGCCAGGCAAGUCCCGGUAUUGUCAUCGCUCUCGUCGGUAAUAAGCUGGACUUGACCAACAGCGGUGAUGCCUCUGGUCCCGCUUCUGAAGGAGAACCCGAGUCGGCUGGACCCGACGGGGACGAGGCAGUCGGCGAGGAAAAUGAGGAGCAAGAUUCUGGCGAUGCGCGCAAGGUUUCGACCCGCGAAGCAACCUCAUAUGCGGAAGAGGAGGGCCUGUUGUUCUUCGAGACUAGUGCGAAAACUGGAACUAAUGUGGUAGAUGUCUUUACUGCCAUUGCGAAUGCCAUACCAGAGAGCAGCCUGAAGACUGGCCGGGGUGCCGCAGGUGCUGGUCAAUCUGCACUAGGAAGCCGCUCUGCAGAGGACUCUCGAGUGAAUCUGGGCGAUCGUAAUGCUGCGACAGCCAAGGAGGGCUUAUGGGGUAUAUAUUCGGCCAAUCAAAGGAAGACCCACUUUUAUUACCCAAGCGAAGCCCACAGCAAAUUCACAUCUGGUUCUCGAGAUCACCUCCCCUCCGCCGACCACCUCAACCAGCACUACCGCAGCACCUCGUCGCUCGCAAUCAUGGCUGCCAUCAACAAGAUUGCUCUCAACUCGCCCUCCCGGCAGAGCCCCUCCGAGCUCGAGAACGCGAUUGCCGGCGCUCUUUUCGACCUCGAGAGCAACACACAGGACCUCAAGGCCAACCUGCGCCCCUUGCAGUUCGUCUCUGCCCGUGAGGUUGAGGUCGGCCACGGCAAGAAGGCCAUCGUUAUCUUCGUCCCUGUCCCUCUCCUCCAGGGCUUCCACAAGAUCCAGCAGCGCCUGACCCGUGAGCUCGAGAAGAAGUUCUCUGACCGCCACGUCCUCUUCGUUGCUCAGCGCCGCAUCCUGCCCCGCCCCAAGCGCUCCGUCAACUCCCGCUCCACCCAGACCCAGAAGCGCCCCCGCUCCCGCACUCUGACCGCUGUGCACGAGGCUAUCCUCACCGACCUCGUCUACCCGGUUGAGAUCGUUGGCAAGCGCAUCCGCACCAAGGAAGAUGGCAGCAAGACCCUGAAGGUUGUCCUGGACGAGAAGGAGAAGGGCGGUGUCGACCACCGUCUCGAUGCCUACGGCGAGGUCUACCGUCGGUUGACGGGCCGUUCCGUCGUGUUCGAGUUCCCCCAGAGCGGCGCCGAGUACUAA